CAGAGCGCCCACUGUUGGAUUUCACCCCUCUCAUAGAACAAAAGGAUCUCUCACCGAAUACAGUUUUUAUCAGAAUCAUCCAACAUUUCCAUCACAAGUGACUUCUGGUCCUGGAAGAUGGAGGAGGAUCUUGAUGAUACAGGCAGUCUGAAUUACACCUUGGAUACUUUACUGAACCAGGAAGAAUACCAUGAGACCUAAAGAUGUCAACAGCUGCAGCUUCCUUCUCAAAUACUUGUGAAAUACAUGCCAGUCUCCCAACGAACAACCUUCACAGACAAACAGCAUCUUGCAACUACGCAAUUCAAAUUCCAGAGCUUGUGCUUGCACACGAGUAUCACAUGACAUCCAAACAUCCACUGAUUGUCUGAAUAUCACAUCUGAGGACCAAGUUUAACACUUCACUAGUUCACAAUGUCAAGUGAAGAAAACAAGUUCCCUUGUGAAGAUUGUGGAAGGCAGUUUACCUUAAAGAGUAAUCUCAAGAGACACAUGCUUGUGCACACUGGUGUUAAAAAGUUUGAAUGUGAUAUUUGUUUGAAACGUUUUGCACAGAAGAGUGACCUAAAGAGACACACACUUGAGCAUAAUGGUAUUAAAGAGUUUCAGUGUCAUGAAUGUGGGAAACAUUUUGCUCAUAAGAAUGCUUUCCAGAGACACAUUAUUGUGCACAAUGUUCGUAAAGAAUUUGAAUGUGAUGAAUGUGGGAAACGUUUUGCACGAAACAGUACUCUCAAGACCCACAUACUUGUGCACAAUGGUGUUAAAAAGUUUGAAUGUGCUGAAUGUGGGGAACGGUUUACACAAAAUGGUGGUCUUAAGGCUCACAUGCUUGUGCACAAUGGUAUUAAGAACUUUAAAUGUGAUGAAUGUGGGAAACAUUUUGCACGAAAGGCUUGCCUAAAGAGACAUAUAUUUUUGCACAAUGGUAUUAAAGAGUUUAAAUGUGAUGAAUGUGGGAAACAUUUUGCACUAAAGGAAAAUCUUAUGAAGCACAUACGUUUACAUGCUGGUAUUAAAAAAUUUAAAUGUGAUGUAUGUGGGAAACAUUUUGCACAAAAGAGUGAUAUCAAGAAACAUUUACUUGUGCAUGCUGGUAUUAAAGAGUUUAAAUGUAAUGAAUGUGGGAAACAUUUUGCACAAAAGUGUGCUCUCAAAACCCACAUGCUUGUGCACAAUGGUAUUAAAAAUUUUAAAUGUGAUGAAUGUGGAAUUUUUUUCUCACAAAAUGGCAGUCUCAAGAAACAUGUACUUAAGAUGCACAAAGGUAUUAAACAAAUAUAAAUAACAUACCAGGAUGGGUAAUGUCAUGCAAUUUUUUUAUUCAAGAAAUGUAAUUUUAUUAUUUACCUAUAGAAAUGUUUACCGUUUCUCUGUAUAAUUACUGAAAUUUGUCAUUAGAUAAGAAAUUGUUUCUGGUAUCUGUAAAUUGUAAAAUAAUGAAAUAUGUUGUCAAGCAUAUUCACAUGUCAAAUUGGUUUAAUGUACAGAAUAGUAAUACCCUGUAUAUUAGUGUAUAGAAGUAGAAUUUGUGCAAGUUAGAUAUUGUACAGUGUUGCAUACAGUACAAGCUGGUUGUGGUGUAUACUGUACAUGUAUUUUGUGGUCUGGUAUAUUAAAUUGUUAUGUAAAGUAUCAGAGGUACAUGUAUUGUAUUGUAGCCAUUUUAUGGAAAGAAACGAUCUAGUACUGAGGCAGAAAACAAAAAUAGAGCAAAAAUUACCAGCAGAUCUUGACUGUAAAAUUAUUAGUUUCCAUCGCUACGUAAUACAACAACGUAGGAAACACGGUUAUCCAUUAAGCAACAUCGGGAACAUGGAUGAAACACUUAUGAACUUUGACAUGGUCUGUAAUCAUACAAAGGCACAAAGUGUUAGUGAAAACAACAGGACAUGAAAAGACACGGUUUACAGUAGUACUUUCAUGCAUGGCAGGUGGAACCUAGCUGAACCCAAUGCUAAUUUUCAAGAGGAAGACAAUGCCCAAAAUUAAGUUCCCGGCUGGAGUUUUUGUUCAUGUCAAAGAGAAAGGGUGGAUGGACGAACAAGGAAUAAAGUUAUGGAUUGAUCAUAUAUGGUGUAGGCGACCUGGUGGCUUUCGAAAACAGCGUAGCCUCUGAGUAUGGGAUAUGUUCGCGAGUCAUUUAACAGAGGAAACAAAAACCAGCAUGACGAGGAACGACAGUGACAUUGCAGUUAUUCCUGGUGGAUUAACUUCAGUUGUACAACCACUUGAUGUUUGUCUAAACAAACCAUUCAAGGACCGCGUUCGUGAACAAUGGAACGAGUGGAUGAUUAGCGGCAAAAAGUCUUAAUAGAAAGGUGGGAAUAUGCAUGCUCCUGAACUGGAUGUACUGUGUGAUUUUGUUAUCAAGUCUUUUUAAAAAGUGGGGAAUAUCUAAUUCAAUGGAUGGUAUGGAGGAUGAUAUGUUGUGGGAGGACGAGGAUGAAACAGAAGCCAAAGCCACGUCGUCUGAUUUGGAGUUUGAUCCUAAUGAUGAUGCAACCAUAACUGUAUCUCAGGAUGUACUUGAAGAACUUAUGAUAUCAGAUGUUGAUGAUGUAUUUUGAAGGUUUUUUAAUACAUGAUGACUGAAGUAAUAAUCAUGUGCUAAUAAAAUUUUUAACUUGUCGUGUAAUUUGAUUUUAAAAUAUUGUGAAUUAGUAUAUUAAAUGUGUAUGUAUAUAUGUAUAUAUACUGUACUGUAUAUUUGUGUAAUAAAUGUAUAUAGUAAG